AUAGCUGGGUUUGUUGUGAGCCUGGCUGGUGAAAGGCCUUUUUCUACGAGAUCGGUCAUCGACAUCCGCCUCCUUUCCCCAGCAGCCCCAUGCUCGCUGGAUAACAGAUAUCGGAGGACUGGACUGCUUACGAGAUUGAUCGUUUGGCUAAUAUUGUGGUUUGUGAAAUUGCAUCCGCCCCUGUAAACCUUAAACCGAAUCAGUUGAUACAUACUUAAGAAAGACGAUAUAUAUUCAUUCGUGUUCUCUUCCGGAUAAUAAACUCCUCGCUUUUAUCUUCUCUCGGCCGACUUUCUUCGUGAACGGAAUUCUUUCUCUCACUUUUUGCCCAUCUCAUCGUUAGCAAUAUUAACUUUCAAAACAUUGAUUUAAAAAGUUGGAACUAAGGGCUAAUAAAAAAGUAGUGCGUUGAUAGAUAACAAUUUGAUAAAGUUAUACUCGUAAGUGAUUCGGUGUGAAAAAGGAGAUUCCAUCACCUUCAAUUUUUAAUGAAAUUGUCCAUUACACUACACUGGGAUUUUGGACUGGUCUCAACAACUUUCAAUCGUCGGUAGGUUCAAAAGGUGAAAACAAAAACAAGUUCUCUCCGGGGUCCGAUUGAUCAUGGCGUGACAUUUAGACCAGCAACGGCAUAGAGUGUGGUCAGUUAUGCGAUGUAAUUGUUUCCAUCAUACUCCUUGUCGUUGGGUCACUCGUAAUAACCAAAAGUUUCUGAUUCUCCUCUUCACCCACCACAUUUAACUACAUUUCAAAUGGGAGGCAAGUCAAGCAAAAAUAAUUCUGGGGAUAAGGUUGUGCGGGGUAUGAUUGGCAUGACCCCAGGAUAUGGCCCUGGGGACCCAUUUCAACGCGGCGGAGUCGUUGUUUCCAGUACGAAAAAUUGCGAUAUCAUUCGCACCCCAUCACUAAGUACAUUUGGUCAAUCUGGAAGCGGCAGUAAGUGCAAAACUCUACCUCAACAGUUAUCACUUCAAAAAAAUCGUGGCGAAUCAUUCGAGUCUGCAAGCAAUGGAUACAUUCGUUCAGGUCAAAAUCACUGUCAUGCAUCCACGCCGAAUGGGUCCAGCAAUGGAAAUUCUUUUUUGCACCACAUUCAGUCACAACAACAACAGCAUUACGGAUCGGUCAAAACGCUAGUUGCUUUAUAUGAUUACGCCUCUAGGCAUAGUCGAGAUGUUGGCUUUAAAAAAGGGGACGUGAUGGAAGUUAUUAACGAUAGUGACGCUGAUUGGUGGAAUGUGUACGUAAUUAGAACAGGAGAAACAGGAUUUAUACCGAGGAAUUUCGUUGCCGUUGAGAAAUCCAUCGAAUCUGAAGACUGGUUUUUUGGAAAGAUAUCAAGACGAGAGGCCGAAAAGUUCCUUAUGGGUGAAGAAAAUCCAAGGGGCACAUUUUUGUUAAGAAACUCAGAACAAAACCCUGGUGCAUUUUCCCUUAGCGUCAAAGACUGGGAGCAAGACAAAUCUUAUCACGUUGGACGGUUUCUUGUCAAACAUUAUAAAAUUCGCCCACUCGACAGUGGUGGUUAUUACAUUACUACCAGACUAUUGUUUCAGUCUUUACGAGAGCUCGUCCAGUCAUAUUCUAGAAACGCUCAAGGGCUGUGCCAUGUUUUGACUAGGGCCUGUCCUAAGCCAUGCCCUACAAUGUGGGAUUUGUCACCCGAAACUAGAGACCAAUGGGAAAUUGAACGUAAUGAGCUACAAUUUGUAAGAAAAUUGGGAUCUGGCAAUUUUGGGGAAGUGUGGUAUGGUCGCUGGCGAAAUGGCAUGGAAGUAGCAAUAAAGACACUUAAAUCAGGAACUUUAAUGUCCCCUGGAGCGUUCUUAGAAGAGGCUGCAAUAAUGAAGAAGUUUCGCCACGACCGUUUAGUAGCCCUGUAUGCUGUAUGUUCCAGGGAGGAGCCAGUGUACAUAGUCACGGAGUAUAUGAGAAACGGGUCUUUGUUAGAAUAUCUUAGGAAUGGUCCUGGUCAAAACUUGGACGAACUAGACUUGGUUUACAUUGCUGCUCAGGUUGCAAGUGGAAUGGCUUACCUUGAAGAAAAACAGCUUGUACAUAGAGAUUUGGCUGCAAGAAACGUCCUAGUUGGGGAUAACAAUAUAGCUAAGAUUUGUGAUUUCGGCCUAGCCCGUGUAAUUGUUCAAGACGAUGAAUACUGCCCACGACAAGGUGCGAGAUUCCCCGUGAAAUGGACUGCACCAGAAGCUAUCCUCUACGGCCGUUUUGCUGUGAAAAGUGAUGUCUGGUCCUAUGGAAUUUUGUUAAUGGAGUUGUUCACCUUUGGACAAGUGCCUUACCCGGGUAUGAACAACAGAGAAGUUAUGGAUCAAGUUAGCAAAGGUUAUAGAAUGCCAAUGCCAAGUUCUGGCAGCGUUACGGACCCUGUAUACGGUAUUAUGUUGAGAUGCUGGGAUGUUGAUCCAGAAAGAAGACCUACAUUUGAAUUCUUGAAGCACUUUUUUGACGACUUUCCUGUAACAUCUGAAAUUCCAUACCGUGAAGUGAAGAGUAAGAUCUCGCAUUAAUGGCAAUAUAUCCAAAAUUAUUAGUGUACUUUUUUAAAUGUGCUUCAUUUUAUAGUUUUUAUAAUCUAUAAUGAAUUUUCACCUUAAUAGUAAACUUUUUUGUUUGGUCAGUUCAGUUAUUGGAUAUGUAGUCAAUUUUAAAAAAUAAAUUAUUCAGUUAAAUUAGUAAUCCUAGGAAUUUUAUUUAAAAAUGUAUUUAAUUGCAACCCCGCAAUACUUUCUGGAUUAAGAAUUUUCAUUGUUUAUAGAAGCUGUGUAUAUGAUAACUGUACAGCUAUUAAGAUGUGUCGUGAAUUUAGGUAGAUUAAUCGAAUCAAAUCAAUUUGCAGUUUUUUACUAGAUGCAUGCGUAAGUAUAUGUACAAGUUACUGAUUACUCGAAAUUUAAAUUUUAUGUAUUUUCCUUUCUCCUCAGUUGAAAUUCACGUUUCGCUAUACUUUAUUUUAAUGUUCCUCUUCUUUAUAUGAAGUCGAUGCCGUUGACAAAUUAAGACAGUACAAUGUAUUUCCACGUGUAGGUUGACAGAUAUUGAAUUUUAUCCUAAGUUUUGUUACCACCAAACCAUAUACAUGCUACACCAAUGCCGAUCACCUCUCAAAUUUAUAUAAUUUAUAAGAUUCGCAGGUUAAUCGUACGCGUUUUGUGCUGAAAAUUCUGCCAUACAUAUGUUCAUCUGCAAGCAAUAGACUAUAUUUAUUGUUUAUCUUUCAAGUCUACAUAACGCUCAACAUUACAAUUUUAGAAAUUUAACUCGCUUUCGUCUCAAAUUUCUCAACUCAAAUGUAUACCGCAGCCAGUAAUUAUUAUAUUAUUAUUAGUAGUAUUAAAUAUUAAACUCAUGAUUGCAAUCACAAGUUUGCUUGUUUUACCAAGAAAGAAAUUCUAGUCGUUGUAAUGCAAAGGUAUGAGGACUACAUUUUACCAAAAUUUAGUCACUGCCCGAACGGGAUUUACCCAAGAAUUUUAAGAAUAGUGAUGUAUGUGUUGGCAUCUUUCAUUUUAUUAAACAUUUCACUGAAUUGCUAGGUAGAAAUCGUAUACUACUCGUAAUUAGUCGUAAUAAUAAUAAUAAUGCAUGAUGCAUAAUCUACAUGUUUUAGCGAGUACAAUGUUACUGUUUUUAUUGUUGUUUUAUACUUUCCAUGUGCUACAUUGAAUGCCUAUUUUUACAAGGAGCAUCAAGACAUUUUAGCGUACUAAAUGUGUCUGCAGUAAUAAUAAUAAUGUAAUGAUAAUGUAAUAACGUUUGGAUAUUUCUGUAGUCUAUAUACAAAUAUGUAGGAAUACUGUCUCCGUAUGAUAUGAUAUGUAUAAUCUGAUAUGAUAAUAUUAACAUUAAUCCACAUGUUUUUAACUCGCCAAAUAGUUUGGAAAUAAUAAAAAAUUGUAACAAAUUGGG